GUUGAUUCACCUUCGAGCCUCUGAAUAUAUAGUGAAAACAAGUUUGCCUCAGGCAUAUAUCACGUGUCAUCCCAAUCGGGCAACUUUCCGUCCCUCUAAACAUUUGGACUUACUUUUCUGCAUCAGCCUCACCUUUUACGUUGAUAGUGUGGUACUUCUUCUUUCGCUUGACAAACACUAACAGAUACUCACACUGCGAUAUAUUUCUCCUAUAUAGACAGUGUACAUCGCGUUGACGGACGUGACCCCUCGACCAUGUUGAACUGAUUCAAAGUCUCAGCUGUAACGUGUAGUUAGACGAGGUCGCGGACUGUCCUCAUAAUCCAGGAAUUAAGUCGUGACAAGCAAGCUUAAACUGCUACUAUCGAACAACUGGCAAAAGAUGGAAUCGCAGGCAACUCUCAACAGUAUCCAGAAGGCCGUAUGGGACGGCAGACUUCCCUUACAGAUUAGUCUUGCUCCAUCAGAAAGUCGCAUAUACGACCAGACUGACCCGUACCUUAUCUCUUAUCCCCGAAUCUCAUAUCUGCCAUCCCUUCUACCCAGACUAAGGGCUUUCUUCGCCUCUUCGCUGAUCGACCCUAGUUCUCAUGCUCAUGAUGGAUGGUUCUCUUUCGAAGGCGUGCCGCUCAAAUGGCAUCUUCCUAUCGGUCUGCUAUAUGACCUCUAUGCGGGCGCUGACCCAGCGUCCAAGGGGACAGCCGAGUCAGAAGACGCAGGAUGGGACAUCGAUGACCAAGAUAGUCCAUUACCGUGGCGUCUAGUCGUCCACUUCAGCGACUGGCCAGAUGAAGAACUGGUCCGACUGGACGCGGACGGGAUGGUCAUGAACGACGCGUUCAUCAACAGCGUCAAGGAAGCGGAUUUUCUGCGAAACGGGACUGCAAAGGGUAUCAUGAGUCUCUCCAAGGAGGAUUCAUCUGGGUUAUGGAAGUCUGUACAGGAUGUGGAACUCCCCUCCUUCCAACGAAUAUCGAAUAUUCUCCUCCCCCCUCUCAAUCAGCCGUUCCGUAACAUUCCAAUUCGGAUAUUUCUCCCCCUCCCUCCUGACUCUGGCUCUCCUUCUCUCAAAGUAGUUCAGUCCCCCGUCCCGCCGUCGAUCCCCCCCGCCAGCGUGGCGGCUAGCCAAUUGGCCCUUUCGCGAAGUAGUAUCACACCGCAGACGCAGACGGUGGGCUCGGCUUUGCAUUCGUUACUCCCGCACUUGUUUCCCAGUCGGAGAACGCCCGUGUUAGCGAAGCCCGUGCUCCAUGGUGCCGCUGUGCCUAUGUCAGCACCAGUCGAGGAGCUGGUCAGGAGUUCGGCGUAUGGAGAUGGUUGGUUAUAUGUCGUUAUACGGAUGAUGGGGUGACGGGAUUGGAGCCGUGGAGUCGGGUCAGCGCUUAAGGAUUGUGAUGUGGGUGCGAUAGUUUGCGGAAGUGUGCGCCUUCAUAUUAAGUCGGCGGCUACACCGUGGUGCCUAGAGCCACAAAUAAGAUUCCUUCCUACACUUCCGUUGAGCAAUUUCCCCCUCCCCUUUUCAGCCGCACGAGACUAGUCCUGCCCUUCUGCAAGGCUCUGCUAGAUCGCUUGUUCGGUUGGGUCUCCUUUUCCCUUUCCUUCGCCCCGCCCUUCUUUGUUACCCAAUGUCCAACACCCCUGGUCUAGUUCUGAUUCUGCCACUGCAGAUGUUUGGGUAACAAGACUGUUUGAUGCAUUUUCUUCUAUCUUGUAUACGAUAUAUUGUUUACUCUUUCUUUGUCGUCUGAUCCCUGAUGAUGUAUGGGUUGUAGAUACAGAUGGUGACCCUUGCAUAUAGGGUUGCGGUUCUGUA